UAUUUAAAUAUUGUUUUUGUUGUUGUUUGUUUGUGAAAUGAAAAUCUUUUGAAAACUUUUGGAACUGAUUCGGCGAAAGAAGCGCCAGAAUCCCUCCCUCUUUCCUUCCCUUCGUCCGCCUCAACAUGUCAGGUGACCCCCCAGAGAGUGUUACAGAAUCAAAACUGAAUAAAGUUCUACAUGAUGCUUGUGAAGAUCUUUGGGCUGAGAUUUUAAAAGCUCAUAAAGCCGGAUCCCAGAAGACUUCUUCGCCAGACGAACUGAUUCCAGAUGUAACAGAGAAAUACCUCCAGGCUGCCGUUGAGAUUGGAGACAACAUGCCAGAAGGUUUGCCUGUUGACAGUGACUUCCUCCGGAAACACGUCGUCCAACAACUGCGGAACUCCGUCAAGGAACAGGAGAACUUGCUGUGCUUGAUGGAUUUGGUGGAGAACAAUCUCAUCAACCAGCUACAACAGUGAGUAAAUCCUGCCAUUGUAAUCGUCAUCGC